AAAUGUGACUGUAGUGGUUAUGUUCGUUCGUCACUCGAAUAAUAAACGUUAAUUUAUUUUGAUUAUAUUGUUUACGUUCAAAUAAAAUCUGGAAAAAUGGGUGACAUGGGACCGGUGGAGUAUUUUUUUUGUGGCGGGUUUGGAGGUAUUUGUACAGUAUUAGUGGGACAUCCAUUAGAUACCAUAAAGGUUAGAUUGCAGACGAUGCCCGCAGUAAAACCUGGCGAGUUACCCCAUUACACGGGCACUUUGGAUUGUUUCCGCAAAACUAUAGUAAAUGAGGGCGUACGGGGGCUUUAUAAAGGAAUGGGUGCCCCUUUGGUAGGCGUGGCUCCUAUUUUCGCAAUAUCUUUUUUGGGCUUUGGAGUGGGCAAAAAGAUUUUCGCGCCUUCCGACGGUUCACACCACACCCAUUUCCAGUAUUUCUCGGCCGGCGCUUUUUCUGGAAUUUUCACCACAUUGAUAAUGGCCCCAGGUGAAAGGAUUAAAUGCCUGCUUCAAAUUCAGGAAAAUAAAACAAACAAAAUGUAUGAUGGGCCUGUAGAUGUUGUUAAGAAAUUAUACAAAGAAGGAGGGAUGCGCAGCAUAUUUAGAGGAGCGGGGGCCACACUAUUAAGGGAUAUACCAGCGAGUGGACUUUAUUUUUUGACAUACGAAGGAAUUAGGGAUUAUAUUACUGAACAUGGAAAACAUCAGCCCAGCAUUUUAGGAACUAUAGCGGCAGGUGGAUCGGCAGGAAUUGCCAAUUGGCUUGUUGGCAUGCCACCUGACGUUCUGAAAAGCCGUCUUCAGACUGCUCCAGAGGGUACGUAUCCCAAAGGAAUUAGAGAUGUCUUUAAGAAUUUGAUAAAAGAGGAAGGUCCAUUAGCUUUAUACAAGGGAAUCGUUCCAGUGCUUUUAAGAGCAUUUCCGGCAAACGCAGCGUGUUUCUUAGGAUUUGAAGUAUGUAGGAAAUUUAUAAAAUACCUCAACUCAUCUCCCUGUGAUGUUUUACAUUCGGAAUAGUCCCUAUACUAUUUAGUCUCUCACUUUAUUUUAUUAAAAUUG